AUGGGAAACAUAACAGAAGUUACUGUUUUUCUUUUAACUCCGCUGUCAGAUAAUCCACAGAUACGGUAUGUGUUAUUUGUUGUUUUUCUUCUGAUCUAUAUGAUUACUCUUAUAAUAAACUCCCUAAUCAUCCUCUUGUUUAUCAUUGACGCCCAGCUCCGCACCCCCAUGUUUUUCUUUCUUGGAAAUCUAGCCUUUUUGGACAUGUCCUUAUCAUCAGUCACUGCACCAAGGAUGCUCUCUGACUUCAUCACCACAAAUAACUUGAUAUCAUUUCCUGCUUGCAUGAUGCAAAUAUUUUUUCUUACCUAUUUUGCAUCUAUAGAGCUUUUCCUGCUGGGUGUCAUGUCCUAUGACAGAUUUUCUGCAAUCUGUCACCCUCUGCAUUAUGUUCAAAUGAUGUCCUGGAAUGUCUGUUUCCUGCUUUCAUCCAUGGUUUGGGGUUUGGGCUUUUUGUACUCCUUGGUACAUACACUUUGUUCACUGAGAUUGGCAUUCUGCAGCUCAAACAUUAUCCACAAUUUCUUUUGUGACCUUCCUCAUCUAUUUCAAAUUUCAUGUACUAACACUUUCAUCAACAUGGUUAUCACCCUUACUUUAGGAGGAUCCGUGGGACUAGUGGCCUUUCUCAUGACUUUCAUUCCAUAUACCCGUAUUUUCAGCACUAUCAUCAGAAUACAGACAAAAGAUGGAAAGCUUAAAGCUUUUUCCACCUGCACGUCUCAUCUUACUGUGGUCUUUAUAUUCUAUGCUUCUCUCAUUUUCAUCUACUUUGUACCCAACACACAUUCUCUGUUAACGUUAUACAAUAUUGUGUCUAUAAUGUAUGCUGUAAUUAACCCUUUGCUAAAUCCUCUGAUUUAUAGUGUGAGGAACAAGGAACUUAAAGCAGCUCUGGAAAGGACUAUGCAACACCUUUUUGUUACGAUGUACCCAGUGAACUUUGACCUCACUCAUUGA